AUGUUCAGUACCACUUCCAUCGUGGAGCCCGAGAAUCCUACCAGCAAGGCCGUUAUCCACCGCGGCGCCGUCGCCGUCAUCACCGGAGCAGCCUCUGGCAUCGGACUCGCGGCCGCAAAGCACCUUGCCCGGCAUGGACUGAACGUCGUCAUGGUUGACGUUGCGCAGUCGCUGGACGCCUCUGCCAAGGAAGUAAAGCAGGUGGAGGGGUCCGGCGACGUUGUGCCGGUGCACUGCGAUGUUUCAAACAUCGAGGACGUCGUCAAGCUUCGCGAACAGGUCUUAGACACGUACGGAGAGUGCCAGGUACUCAUGAACAAUGCGGGUAUCUCACGCUCUACACCAGCUUUCAGCCUGGAACGUGACCUCAAGGAUCUGCAGUCAGAUUGGGCCGCGGUCCUGGGUGUGAACAUGAACGGUAUCAUCAACGUCGCCCAGGCGUUCGCGCCGUUCAUGUCUCGGCAGGAGAACGAGAGCGUCAUCAUCAACACUGGAUCCAAGCAGGGUAUCACCUGUCCUCCUGGGAAAGCAGGCUACAAUGUCUCCAAGGCGGCAGUCAAGGUGUUCACCGAGCAGCCAAGGCUAACUCUCAGUCCCGGAUGGGUCUUCACCGGUCUUUCAGGCGCGAACGACGGCAAGCCCAAGCCUCCCGGAGCUUGGACACCCGAGCAAACCAUCGAGUACAUGUUCGAGAAGGUCUUGGAGGAGGGCGACUUCUACGUGAUCUGUCCGGAUAACGAAACCACUCCUAGUGCUGCAGCGCCAACGAGAACCAAUGCUGACUUCCAGGCUCUCGACAAGGCCCGUAUCCAGUGGGCACUCGGCGACAUUAUCGAGAACCGCCCGGCGCUCUCGCGCUGGCAUCCAUCGUACGCCGCCCGUUACGAGGAUUUCAUCGAGAGCCGACAGGGACUGGCUGCCCGCAGCCGUAGUCGUGGCCGUGCUCCCCUCGACCGCAUCCCCGAUGUGCCCGGCGAGCGUGAGCAGUACCGUUUCCAGCAGUAG